GUUUGAUUGUUCUACUCCCCCAGUUAUUGCGGGUCUGGCUUCUGGUGAUAAAAGUGAACAGCGAACCCAAGGAAUGGAUGCUUAAUUGACUACUAUUCCCACGACCGGCGCAUCCCAACCAACCCUCAAAUUCCCCAUCUUUUCUCCCAUCCGCCAAAGUGUUGCAAAUCCUAGGACGCCGUCCGCUGGUGCGGAUCGGCAUUUCCGACAUAUGUCGCUUUACCGCGGGGAAUUGUCAGCGAGGCGCGCCGAACCGCCUCCUGUCAACGUGGAUGCAGGAUGCGGACGAGUUCAGAGAAGACGGAAAGCCGCGGUUAUCAGGGCGCAUCCACAUCCUGGGCCUCGGAAACGUCGGCACCUUUGUCGCGCACUCGCUGAUGAGUCGGCCGUCGCCGCCGCCGGUGACGCUUCUCCUGCAUAAUCCCAAGCUGUACGAUUCGUGGGUGGACCGGAAAAAGUGCCUGUCAGUCAACAACAACGGGCUGGACGAUAUCAAGACCGGGUUCGACGUGAACGUCCUGAGCGGCAAGACGUGGCAUGCGUUUCCCUACUGGGAUAAGGAAGCUGGCGGGGAGCGCAGCGACAGGGAGAUUGAAUCGGAGAUGGAGGAGGAGGCCGUGGAAGACGACGAGCGCAUCGAGUGCUUGGUGGUUACGGUCAAGGCGCCCGUCACGGCGCUGGCGUUGGAGUCGGUCAGCCACCGGUUGACGCCUGAUUCGACUGUCCUCUUCCUCCAGAAUGGACUGGGGGUCAUCGACGAGGUUAACCAGCGGGUCUUCCCGGACCCGCGGCGCCGCCCGCACUACAUGUACGGCAUCAUUUCCCACGGCCUGACACGGAAGAAAGAAGCCUUCCAGGUCGCGCACAUCGGGGUGGGAACAACCAUCCUGGGACCAGCCCUGUCGGAGAGUUCCCUCCCCGCGACCGGGAAGGAGGGGGAGCAGGACGGAUGGCCCGCCAGCACGAAGUACCUCCUCCGCACGCUGACCCUCAGCCCGCAGCUCGUCGCGGUAGCGGAGACACCCUCCGCUCUCAUGCUGUACCAGCUCGAAAAGCUCGCCAUGAACGCAGUGAUCAACCCGCUAACAGCCAUCAUGGACUGCGAGAACGGCGAGCUCCUCUACAACUACAGUUUCACGCGCAUCAUGCGACUACUCCUCAUGGAGAUCUCGAGCGUCAUCUGCGCCCUGCCCGAGCUGCAGGGCGUCCCGGGCAUCGAGAGCCGGUUUUCGCCCGAGCGGCUGCGCUCCAUGGUCACGCGGCUGGCGAACAAGACGUCCAGGAACCAGAGCUCCAUGCUGCAGGACGUGCGCGCCGGGAAGACCACCGAGAUCGAGUACAUGAAUGGGUACAUCGUGCGCCGCGGCGAGGAGCUCGGCAUGAAAUGCGUGGUGAACUACAUGAUCAAGCAUCUGGUGCUCGCUAAGCAGCAGAAGGGCAAGCAGCGAGAGUCGGCUGCCAUCCCGGUGGAUCUUCUCUAGUACUAGCCUGGUUUCGUUUCUUUUCUUUCUUUUCUGUGUAUUUCUUCAUUGGGUAUCUAGUGUGGGUGUGCAGGCGCCCUGGCGUUUCUUCUAUCUUCUUCUUUUUCUUUCCCUAUCCCUCUUCUUUACUUCUCGCACCUCGUUUCUAGCAAGAUACAGCAUCCAACCCCCUUCUACAAAGCUCCCCAAUCUGCACCCACCGCCUACGCAGCAUCUCAACCUUCUCUUCUCUCCCCGCGCGUUCCGCGUCCGUUUCUGUCUCCGCGCCCCCCACAUUCUGCAACGCGGCGAUCGUCACCUCCGCCUCGUGGACAUACGUACGAACCCAUUCCCUGAUGAUCGCUUCGGAUUUCGCCUCGUUCAUACCCUGGGACGAGUACCCGAGCACAUAGUUCCGCCAGUCCUCCGGCGCCAUGUAUUUUAUGCACGCUGCGAUCUCGGUGCGGAAGCAUACGCCGC